AUGAAGCCACAGCUCAAGAUUGCUCUUGCUUUAGUUAUUAGCUUGCUUUGGAUUCAGCACUCAAUUUGUGAUGAAGCUUCUGAUAAAUCUAACCUGAACAAGUGGAGAUGUAGAUGUUCUUUUGGAGGGAAUCAUAGCUACGCUCUGGCUAAUUGUUCUAAGUCAUGUGAUUGCCACUCAGAUGCUGAAGAGAGUGCAUCCAUAUGGACAUGCAUAUGUGAUUCCAAUGGGUUUCCCCAAGUGGCAGCAGAUGAUCAUAGCCCUAAUUGCUUUAACGCUUGCAACUGCACUUGGGGAACUGUCAGCAAUCCUGGAGGUUCAAAGAAACAUGUUUCCAUCAAGAUUGUUGUAGUUAUCCUAUCAAUAUGUGUUAUAUGCACAACUACGGCAUUUCUUGUCUCACUUAUAUGCCAUAUAUACCGAAAGGACCGAUGUACUAUUCAAUCACCAAUUUUCUCAACUGAUAAGGAGACAAGUAGUGGUAGUACCACCAACUUAAUUAGUUAUAGGUCUGGAGCUUCUUCGGUGCCAGAAACAAAAUAUGCAAUAAAUUCUCCAAUUUGGUAUAUUACAGGAUGCUUUCAGAAAGCCUCUUUCUUAUUUGGGAGCCCAAAAGAAACUUACUACGGAAAUAUUUUUCCAUUUUCGUUAGCUGAACUGGAAAAUGCCACUGAAAACUUUUCAUCUUCCAAACUAAUUGGACUAGGCGGAAGCAGUUAUGUAUACCAUGGUAGGCUGAAAGAUGGUAGCCAUGUGGCAGUUAAACGACUAAAAGAUCAAGGAGGGCCAGAAGCAGACUCUGCAUUUUUCAAGGAGAUUGAACUAUUAUCUAGACUUCAUCAUUGUCAUUUGGUGCCUUUGCUUGGAUACUGUUCAGAGUUAAAAGGAAAACAUGUUCAGAGGUUACUAGUAUUUGACUACAUGGCUAAUGGAAAUUUGAGGGACUGUUUAGAUGGAGUUUCUGGAAAACAUAUAGAUUGGGCUACUCGUGUAAUGAUUGCAAUAGGAGCUGCAAGGGGCUUGGAGUAUCUCCAUGAAGCAGCUGCUCCAAGAAUUCUUCAUAGAGAUGUCAAAUCAACUAACAUUCUUCUGGAUGAAAAUUGGCAAGCAAAAAUAACUGAUCUUGGCAUGGCUAAAAACCUGAGAUCUGAUGACCUCCCCAGCUGUUCAAAUUCUCCAGCAAGAAUGCAGGGUACAUUUGGCUAUUUUGCACCUGAGUAUGCCAUUGUUGGUAGAGCUUCUCUUGAGUCAGAUGUCUUUAGUUUUGGUGUGGUUCUUCUUGAGCUUAUCAGUGGUCGGCAGCCCAUCCAUAAAUCUACAGGCAAAGAAGAAAGCCUUGUUAUAUGGGCUACUCCUCGCUUACAGGAUAGUAGACGAGUAAUAACGGAGCUGGUUGAUCCACAAUUAAAAGGAAAUUUCCCAGAAGAAGAGGUGCAGGUGAUGGCAUACUUAGCAAAGGAGUGUUUGCUGCUGGAUCCUGACACUCGACCAACCAUGAGUGAGGUUGUUCAGAUUCUUUUAAGUAUUUCCCCGGGAAAAUCUAGGAGGAGAAGAAACAUUCCAGCCAGCCUCUUUCAGGAACCACGGGAAGUAGAAAAGCAAAGCCAAGCUACACCCAUUAAAUUUCCAAUGCAUAGUUCAUUGCCAACAUAUAUUGAUCAUAAUCUUUCUGUUGACAACAAAAGUAAAGAAGCAGAUGCAGUUUCAGCUGAAUAUAUGGAGAGUUUGAUCCUCUUGACUUCACAAUCUGAUGGCUCUGGCGUAUCAGAAGAGGAAAUAGUAGACCUAACUGAGCCUAGGUUUGAAUCGUUUUGCAUCACGACUGGCAAAGCUCCCUGA